AUGUCUUCACAAAUGUCCUCGGACUCUCCCGAAAAGUGGCCCCAGAAUACAGAGCGCCUAUCGCGAGACACUGACUCGAUAGCAGAGUCGAUCUCUUCGGUAGACACCCAGGCUGACCAAGAUGCACUGGACAAGACGCUCACGGCCCGCGCCUCACGCGUCUCGGACCAUAUGUCGCUGUCGCAGCGAGUGACUACUAUUCCGACGAAUGCGACGGCGGAUCCGAACUAUGAGGUGGAUUGGGACGGCGAAGAUGACCUAGAAAACCCGAAGAACUGGUCACUACGGUAUAAAGCCCUCGGUUUGUUGUUCCUGUCGUGGAACACCUUGAUUGUCGUGCUUUAUUCCACUUCCUAUACUUCGGGCGUGGAAUUGAUCGCCGAUGAAUUCGGUCAGUCUCAGACCGUUGUCACUCUCGGCCUGACUUUCUAUUUGAUCGGUCUGGCUAUGGGGUCCAUGUUCAUGGCCCCGCUGAGUGAGGUCUAUGGCCGGAAGCCGGUCUGUGUGAUCUGUCUGGUUGUCUUCACUGUCCUAAUCAUCCCCUGCGCCCUGGCCAAAUCGGUGACGGCGUUGAUUGUCGUGCGUUUUAUCGGUGCGUUCUUUGGAAGUGUGAUGAUUUCUACUGCACCCGGAAUGGUGGCAGACCUGGUGGAUGAUGAACAUCGUGCGUUGGCGAUUUCGAUAUGGAGUAUUGGACCGCUCAAUGGACCCGUCCUGGGCCCCGUGAUUGGAGGCUUCGUCACGCAGUACCUUGGCUGGCGCUGGAUGUGCUGGAUCGCGUUGAUGCUCUCGGGCGUGGCCCUGGUGUUUGCGCUGAUUCUGAAGGAGACGUAUGCGCCCACUCUGUUGCAGAAGAAGGCAGCGCGUCUGCGCAAAGAAACAGACGAUUCUCGUUGGUGGUCUCGCUAUGACCAGAAGGCCAGUCUGUACGAGACUCUCAAAUUGAACCUAAGCCGCCCAUUCGUGAUGGCCGUCACUGAACCCAUCUGUAUCUUCUGGAACAUCUAUAUCGCCAUUGUUUACGGUAUCCUUUACCUCUGCUUCGUUGCCUACCCAAUUGUCUUCGAAGACAUCCGCGGCUGGGACCUGGGUUUCUCCGGCUUAGCCUUCCUUGGUAUCGGAAUUGGCGUAAUCAUCACCAUCGCCUGCGAGCCGCUCGUCCGCCGCCUCAUCAACCGCCACCCGAUUGACCCUGAAACGGGGCGUGUGCAUCCGGAAGCAAUGGUUUCCUUCGUGUGUAUCUGCUCAAUCCUCAUUCCCAUCGGCGAGCUCUGGUUCGCAUGGACCUGCUCUCCAGCUUCGAUCCACUGGGUCGUGCCGCUGCUCGCGGGCAUCCCCUUCGGCGCCGGCAAUACCGGCGUCUUCAUCUAUGCCUCUAACUACCUGACCUACAGCUACGGUAUGUACGCGGCCUCCGCGCUCGCGGGCAACUCCGUCAUUCGCAGCGUCUUGGGCGGUGUUCUGCCCCUGGCAGGCUCGUACAUGUACGACAGCCUUGGGCCGAAUUGGUCCGGCACGUUGCUGGGGCUGCUGGAGGUUGCGAUUGUGCCGAUCCCGUUCAUAUUCUACAAGUAUGGGCACAGAAUUCGCAUGCGCAGCAAUUUGAUCGUGCGCAUGCAGGAGGAUAAGAAGAAACUGGAAGGGAAGCGGGCGCGCAGGAAGCCGCAACAGCAGGCCGCCGCCCCACCGAAUGAUGAGGAGAAGCAGACCGAAUUAGUUUAA